GACGGGUUCGGCUGGGAGCGGGAGACUGGCACUGCUGCGGCUCCAGCGGCCAGCGCCGCUCCUGCCGCCGCCGCCGCCUCCCUCCGUGCCUCCUCCGUGCUUCCCUCCCUGCCUCCUCCGUGCCUCCUCCGUGCUUCCCUCCCUGCCUCCUCCGUGCCUCCCCCGCUGGCACAGCCCCGGCUCUCUCCUCCGCGCCCCCGGCACUCGGCGAGGCGGAGGGAGGGGAUGGCGGAGGUCGCUGCCCGGCUGUUCGGGGCACUGUGCCUCGCCGCCUGCCUGCUCCCGGCGCUCGGGAGGAACGCCGGAGCGCAGUGGACCCUGGAGAAGUAUUCUCACCAACCAAGAAUUUUAGGUUCUGAUGCUAUUCAAAAAGUUGUGGCCAACACAGAUGUUUCUGAAAUGUGGGAGAAUGAUUUGCGCCCUAUCCUGAUAGAAAGAUACCCGGGAUCAGAAGGAAGUUACAUUGUGCGACAGCACAUCAAGCACCGUCUUCAAAUAUUAAAGGCUGGUUGGGAAAUUGAAGAAGACACGUUUCAGAGAUACACACCAUAUGGCUAUAAAACAUUCUCAAACGUUAUCGGCACUCUUGACCUCUCUGCAAAACGCCAUCUCGUACUUGCUUGCCACUACGACUCGAAAUUCUUUGGACAACAGUGGCAGGACAGAGUGUUUGUGGGAGCAACUGAUUCAGCUGUGCCUUGUGCUAUGAUGUUGGAGCUGGCACGUGCCCUGGAUAGCAAGCUUCAGUUAAUCAAGGCGAGCUCAGCAUCAAGACCAGACCUUUCACUUCAGCUCAUUUUUUUUGAUGGUGAAGAAGCCUUUGUUCGGUGGUCCCCUUCCGAUUCCCUCUAUGGAUCUAAACACUUAGCUCAAAAAAUGGUAUCGACUCCACACCCACCUGGUUCAACAACCACAAACCAGCUGCAGGGCAUAGACCUGUUUGUACUACUGGAUUUAAUUGGUGCACCAAACCCAGUCUUUCCCAAUUAUUUUCCAAAAACUCUUCGAUGGUUUCAGAGGCUUCAAGCAAUUGAGCAAAAGCUACACAAUAUGAAUCUGCUGAAGAAUCACCCUGUUGAAAGUCAGUAUUUCCACAGUACUUUGCAUCGAGGCAUGGUUGAAGAUGAUCACGUUCCAUUUUUAUUACGAGGGGUUCCAGUCCUUCAUCUGAUUCCAUCCCCUUUUCCUGCAGUAUGGCAUACCAUGGAGGACACAGAAGAAAACCUUGACAAAGACACUAUCGACAAUCUCAACAAAAUCCUGCAAGUGUUUGUACUGGAAUAUCUCAACCUGUGACAGAAAAACAUCAACAAAUUGUACUCCAUUCACACUACUGUUUGCCCACCUUCACACUUGGUAUUCAAUUGCAUUGGAGAGUAUCAAGGUGAAGAAAAUAUGAUAGUUCUUGCUAGACUGAUUAUUGAUUGAGCUGUUCCUGGCCCAUUGGUCCAUUAGCCAAAUAAGAUAGUUCAGCCUGGAAAGAAUUUAUCUUUCCAUGUUAUAUCUCUGAAUAAAAAAACACUCCAGAA